AGAGCCACACACACACACACACACAGACAGACAGACAGACACAAGCACCGGUGUGUGUCUCCUUCGUAAUGCGAUUACUCUCGUGUCGUGGGGAUUUAAGGGUCAUUUCAGAAAAUCGUUGCCAACGGCCGUGGAGGUAGAACAGGACAUUUGGACAACAGUUUUUUUUUCUUUUCUUUUCUUUUUUGCUGGACUGAAAUUAACUGGAGAGUUUGAGCGUGUAAACCCGCCUAUGGGAGUGCUUACUGAUGUAGCGGAGAGUAACACACACACACACACACACACGGACGCACGCGCGCGCGCAGAGGGCGCUAGUGUGUGGCGGAGGAACAUUUCCACAUUUCUACAGGAUGUGCUCGCUUCUCUGCCACUUUCACGCCGUCUCUGAGGGGGAUUACCUGCCUUUACGAACUAGCAUGGUGGGCCGACAGUAACGCUGAGGGAAGAUGUGCCAGCGGUCGUGGCUUUAUACAUGGCUGAGAAUCGGCAUCGGCGUCCUCGUAGUCGCAGCUUCCAGCUGUGGUCAGGACACAGAUGACUGGCAGUAUGAAGACUGCAAGCUCUCCAGAACCGGACCACCAGCCACCAUAGUAGCCAUAGAUGAAGAGAGUCCUAAUGGGACUGUCCUGAUAGAGAACAUGCAAAUCAACGGCCGUGCAGAAGACCCUAACCGAACCAUCUCUUUAUCCCUGAGAGACAACUAUAACCACUGGGUAAUCCUGGACCCUGUGGAACAGCGGCUUUAUCUUAACAGCACCGGGAGGGUUCUGGAUCGGGAUCCUCCUUCCUUCAUGCAAUCUAUUGUGGUGCAGGUCCAGUGCACCAACGAGCUGGUUGGGACAGUGAUUCUUCACGAGGUGCGGAUUGUUGUGAGGGAUCGGAAUGACAACGCUCCUCGUUUCCAGCAGCCCCGGUACUAUGUGGCUAUUAAUGAGCUGACUCCUGUUGGGACCACCAUCUUCUCAGGCUUCAGAGGGAACAAUGGUGCUGUUGAUAUUGACGAUGGACCAAAUGGCCAAAUCGAGUACACCAUCCAGUACAAUCCGAAUGACCCGACUGCUAACAGAACCUUCGACAUCCCGCUCACUCUGUCCGGCUCUGUGGUGCUGAGAGAGAGACUGAACUAUGAGGAGAUCACUCGCUACCUGGUCAUCAUCCAGGCCAAUGACCGAGCUCCUGACCCUAAAGAGCGACUGACCGCCACCACAACUCUGACUGUGGACGUGCUGGACGGAGAUGACCUGGGCCCAAUGUUCCUGCCCUGCAGCCUGGUCGAAAACACCCGUGACUGCAAGCCGCUCACUUACAGAGCCAGUGUCCUGGAGCUUACAGACCCAAGCAAGGCGAACCCGGUGAACGUGACUCCUCCGAUCCAGGCUGUGGAUCAGGACAGAAACAUCCAGCCGCCGUCCGAACGCCCUGGGAUCCUCUACUCCAUCCUCAUCGGCAAGCCUGCAUUCUACGCUGAAUACUUCUCACUAAACAGCAGCACAGCCGAGCUCAGGCUCCUGCAGCCCAUCAGCCGCGAGCAGCACCAGAGAUUCGACUUGAUAAUCAAGGCAGAACAAAACAACGGUCAUCCUCUCCCAGCCUUCGCCAAUCUCCACAUCGAGGUCCUGGAUGAGAAUGACCAGGCGCCGUAUUUCCAGGCAAACUUCUACCAAGGCUUCAUCCUCGAAUCAGCUCCAGUUGGCACCACGAUCUCCAGCAACACCAGUCUGUCCUCUCCACUAACCAUCACUGCUCUGGAUCAUGACACUGAGGAGACCAAAGAUCCCAUGGUGCGAAUCUCCCUGGACAACUACGAAAGCAUCUUUGCGGUGACACCCAGUGGGAUUGUGCGCUACCUGACACUCCUAAAGCCUGUGGACCGUGAAGAGCAGAAGAGUUACAGCUUCACAAUGAUGGCCUCAGAUGGGGUGCACCAGAGCUCACCAGUUGCAGUUAAUAUCACAGUGAUUGAUGCCAACGACAACACGCCAACCUUCUCCAACAUCUCCUACAGCGUCAGUGUUUACACAGACAUGCAGGCCGGGGAAGUGGUAUUAUGGCUCACAGCUUCUGAUACUGAUGAGGGUCUCAAUGGCUUGAUAAGCUACAGCAUUGUGGCAGGAUCUCGGGGCCACUUCGUCAUCGAUAACCGAACUGGACUAAUCAGCGUGGCACCCGGAGUCAAUCUAACCGUGGGCAGCUCUUACGCCCUCACCGUCAAGGCAACAGAUAAUGCAGCUGAUGACCAGAGAAGGAACUCCAUCACCACCGUGUACAUUGAGGUGCUGCCCCCGAACAACCAGAGCCCCCCACGCUUCCCCCAGCUCAUCUACAGCCUGGAGAUCAGUGAGGCCAUGAGGACCGGAGCUACACUGCUCAACCUGCAGGCAACAGACCGAGAAAAAGAUCCCAUUAUGUACAGCAUCCUCGGCGGAGAUCCUGAUAACAUCUUUGAACUCAAUCAAACGUCGGGGCUCUUGCUGCUGGGAAAGAUGCUGGACAGAGAGCGCACGGAUCGCUACACACUGAUCGUUUCUGCCUCCGAUGGCAGGCCGGACGGGACCUCAACUGCCAAGGUUAACAUCCUGGUGACUGACGUGAAUGAUAACGAUCCCACGUUUGAUCUUUCGCUGCCUCAAAAUCUCACCGUAGUGGAAGAGCAAGCAAACGCUUUUGUUGGUCAAGUCAAGGCAACGGAUCCUGACCUGGGAGUGAACGGACAGGUGCGUUACAGGUUGCUGAGCCACCCCGAACUCUUCCGGAUCAGUGCCAACGGAGGCAUCUGGACAGAGGUGGCUCUAGACAGAGAGCAGAGGGAGCGUUAUGAGCUGCUGGUGGAGGCGUGGGAUGCGGCGCUGGACCCCCGCAGAUCUUCUGUCACACUCUCCGUCACAGUGCUGGACAUAAACGAUAACAGUCCAUUGUUCUCCCAGCCAUCCUACAGCGUCAUUCUGCCCGAGAACAGCCCACCAGACAUGGGAAUCCUAAACCUUACUGCUCUAGAUGCAGACCUGAGCUCAAACAUCACCUACCGUAUCAGGACUCCAGAGGCCAGGAAGCUCUUUGAGCUAAACCCUGUUACAGGAGAGCUGAAGGUGCUGCACACACUGGACUUUGAGAAGCUCUCUCCUGAGGAGACCACACACACCUUCGUGGUGGAGGCAGUGGACAGCUCUGGCAGCAUGCCACCUGGUUUAGCCACCAUUACAGUCACCAUCACCGACAUGAACGAUUUUUCGCCUGUCUUCAGCCAAACCCUGUAUCAAGGCAUGGUGGCACCCAAUGCAGUCAAAGGAACCAUCGUGACCACUGUACAAGCUGAGGACCAGGACACUGUGGGCAAAGCUGCCAGUCGAGUGCACUACAAAGUGGACUUGGAGCAGUUCCCCUACAGUGCCAGCAUAUUCGAAGUAGAGGAGGACACAGGAAAUAUCCUCACCAGGGUCAAUCUCAAUGAGGAUCCUAACACCAAAUUCAUGCUGGUGAUUAUUGCUUAUGAUGACGGGGAGCCAGAGAAGUCCAAUAAGACCCUGGUGGAAAUUACCGUCCUGCAGCCCUCUGCCAUCCCAAUCUUCACUCAGGAGGAGUACAGGUUCCCACCAGUCAGUGAGAAAGCUCCUCCAGGGAGUGUGGUCGGAGUCAUCCUGGCUUCGGCCAUAAAUCAGAGCAUCGUCUACUCCAUCAUUGAAGGGAAUGAAGGAGGAGAAUUCAGCCUGAACAACCAGACCGGAGUGAUCUGCACUGCUAAGCCCCUGGACUUUGAGAGCAACAACAGCUACGUGCUGCGCGUGGAGGCCGACUCUAUGAGAGUGAUCUCAUCCAACCUGCGGGCUCCUGCAAAAAGUAACACAGCCAAGGUGUUCAUCGAGGUGCGGGAUGAAAACGACCAUCCACCAAUUUUCACUAAAGCUCUCUACCUGGCUGGGGUCACGGAGGACGCAAAGACGUUCACGUCUGUCCUGCAGGUUGAGGCUGCGGAUAAAGACACAGGGAAUUAUAGUGCCAUGAAGUACCGUCUUCUCAUCCCUCCGACGCCUGAGGGAAAGGACAGCUUUGUGAUCGAGCCAUACACGGGCGUCAUUAAGACUGCCAUCAUGUACCGCAACAUGCGCCGCUCCUACUUCAGAUUCGAUGUCGUCGCCACUGACAACUACGGAGAAGGCCUGAGCAGCACCGCACAAGUGGUGGUGUCUGUGGUCAAUCAGCUGGAUAUGCAGGUGGUGGUGUUCAACGUGCCCCCGACUGCGGUGGAGCAGAACAAGGAGCAGCUGAUUGGUAUCCUAGAGCACUAUGUUCAGGACCAGAUCCCAGGUGCCAAAGUGGUGGUGGAAUCCAUUGGGCCACGGCGAUACGGAGAAACCUAUGAGCAAGAUGACUACUCCAGCUCAGACCUCAUGGUGUACGCCAUUGACCCUCUGACCAACAGGGCUAUCUCCAGACAGGAGUUAUUCAAGUUUCUGGAUGGAAAGUUACUGGACAUAAAUAAAGAGUUCCAACCGUACCUGGGCCGGGGAGGCCGCAUCCUGGAGAUCCGCACACCCGACGUCGUGCAGAAUGUGAAGAAAGCCGUGCAGUCUGUGGGCUACACAGAAGGAGCACUGCUGGCUCUCGCUGUCAUUAUAGUUGUUUUCUGCAUCCCAGCCAUCCUCAUUGUCAUCAUCACUUACCGACAAUUUAAAGAACGACAAGCUGAAUGUGCCAAAACCGCCAGGAUCCAAAUGGCUCUCCCAGCUGGCAAACCCGGAGGCAUCGCUGCUAGCAAUCUGUAUGAGGAACUAGGCGACAACACCAUGAGAGGGUACGGACAUCAAGAGCAGCAACAGUUGCUUCGACCCUCUCUCUUGAGACCAGAGGAACUAUCCAUGGAAUCAGGCAUCGACCCCGGGCAGGACUAUUAUACGCAGGAUUACUAUAAUUACGACCACGGAUAUGACUUGCCUCAGUAUGGCAGUCGCAGGAAGCUGAUCUCUCCAGCGGGAACAUAUGACGAGUACGGCGAGGUGAUUGUCGAGGAUGAUGGCAGCUAUUAUUACAGUCCUCAUGAAUCAGAAGGAGAGGUUUCCAGGCAGGCUAAAAGGACGAGCCUGCAUCAGACUCUUCACAGACUUCCUACAUUUCCUUUGGGAGAUCAGGUUCCCAGACCAGAGCAGACCCAGCCUGAUCCCUCAAAGGAUACGAUGCCUUUUCACAGCUCAAAUCCCGUGACCAGUCUCAAAGCAGUGAUGAAACUCAACAAACUGCUUGCUACAGGCAAGACCUCUGGGCCACCAAUGCCUUUCCACCCACCAUGGAAGAAGGCUCGAAUAUUCCCAAUGAUGGAAAAAGCACAGAGUGUAGAGCCCACUAAACCGACUCAAGGCUCUGAUAGCUCGGAGAGCGGUGUGGUCAUCAGUGGUAUCUUCUUCCAGACGAAAGAAGGAAAAUCCACAGGGCAAAAAUCAUUCUCCAAGCAGCUUCACACUCACAACAAAUGUCAGAGUGACACAAGUAAAAGCACAGAUAGCUCAAGUGAUGGGAAGACACUAGUUUCCCAAGAAAGCAGUGAGCUGGAAAGAGAGCCUUAUGGUCAACAAUCUGCACGCAAGGUAGACGGUGUAAAUGGGUCUUUACUGGACACCCGUUUCGACAGAGGUGCCCUAUCGAUAUACCAAAAUCCUUAUUCGAACCAGAAUGUAGCAUAUAUGACCAGCUUUGACUCGGACAAAGAGCAAGAAACUUCUGAUGAGUCGAGCGGCGAGAGCAGUUCAGAGACGGACCAGGAUGAUUCUGGAAGCGAGUCUAAAAAAUAUACAGAACAAGACUCAGAGAUAGAGACCGAUACUGAGAGCGAGACGGUGAUGGACACAGGAACAGGGUCGGACAGUGAUGUAGAGUCAAGAGGUGAAAAUGUUUCAGAGAGAGAGAAAGAGACUGAGGGCUUGUCAGAGUCGGGUCGCAAAGUCACUGGCACCCAGGAGUUUGUGAGGUCUGUUUUGCAGAGCAUGAAUGAAACGCAGCCUUCUAAACCUCAAAUUCCUUCCAGUGUCGCAGAGAUCAGUUCUACAGUAGGCUUCAACUUUGCACACAGCAUGUAUAGAAUAGCUGAAGAGGCCAUGCAUAAAGUUAAAGCCAAGAAUAAAGCAAAUAAGAAGGAGUCAAAGAAGGAAGAUGACUCAGAGACCAAGAACAAAGAUCCUAUUCCUGUAAUGGGUCAAGAAAAGGCUGAUAAAAGCCAAAGCCAGAACAGCUCAUCGGCAGGCAGCAGUUAUAUACAAGGCAACACAGACAAAGGUAAUCUCCCACCUAUAGUGGAGGAUGAAGAAGAGGAAAUGACAUCUGCAGGGUCACUCAGGAGUAGUCUUGGCAACAAAUUUCAGAGUUCUGCAAGUGAAGCUAGAAGUCCAGAAGAUAACAAAGACGAUGAUACUGUUACAGCUGACUAAACUGGCAUGAUGCUUUCUCAUUUGGUAGAAAGAAGAGAAUCAAGCUGGUGGUGGAUCGUGAGUACGAGACCAGUUCAACAGGAGAUGAUAGUGCUCCAGAGUCCCACCGAAACCGGCUGUCCAACGUCAACAGCCACAGUAACAUCAACGGCAGCAUCUA